CCGUUUGGAACUGCUCCAAGUAACGGCUAGUUUUCUCAUCUUGCCGAUUCAACUCUUCUUGCAGCAGAAAAACAGCCCAAUAGUCUCUCUUCCACCACUGCCAAAAAUAUCUCCUUAAUUUCACAAAUUCAGAAUAUUUAGAUUCAAAUCCAGAGAAUUGGAUUUUUUUUUCCUCUUUGGGAAUUCGAUUCUGAAGAAAGAAAUGAGUGAAUCGAUGGUAGAAGUUGGCGCAUCGAUGCAAGACCAGGCUGUUAAUCCUCAUCUUCCUCCACCUCCUCCCCCUCAUACUCACCGGCGGCCAAGGGUGAGGGAGGUGAGCUCUAGAUUCAUGUCUCCGGUGGCACCAUCUUCCUCUUCUUCUUCCUCCCCUCUGCCCAAUAAUAAGCAGCGAUCCAGCUCUGUGCAGAAGCAGCGGCAAACAGAGCCUCUCUCCUGUUCCGACGAGAACAGACCCACCAUGACUGACUUCACUCGGAGCCCACCGCAGAGGAAGCAUCAGCAUCGCGCUGUGAUGAAACUUUUCAAGGAGAAUGGUGCAAGUAGCAGACCAGAUCAACCAACUUCCAGAUCUCACUUCCGGCCGGAUACCCCGACAGUUGCCACUACUGCCACUUCUUCCUCUAAAUUACGACUGAUGCAGCAGCGAUCUACCCCCAGCACCAUCUCAGCCGCUGCAAAGCUCUUGCAAUCCUCAGGGAUGUCAUCGUCCCAUUUGGGUAGUUCAAAUUUGAUUGAAUCAUCUCCAUCUCCAUCUCCAUCUCCAUUGACAUCGCCAUCGUCGUCGCCAUCUCGAUCAACUUGUUCUGGUUGUGACGGUCAUGAAAAUUGUGAAAAUCAUAAUAUUGAAGGCAACCACUUAUCCCAAAGCAGUUCCACUCAGUCACUUCCUGAUCUCCGCUCUUCUAUGCCGGAGACGGGUAUGUUGCCUAAGGUCUCCAGUAGAUUUUUGGCAGAUAGAAAUCUUAACAGGCCUAAUGGAACGGCUGCUGAUUCCUCUAAAUUCUUUGCUUCACCUUGCUCCCGGUCCCUUGAUUUUCCACAAUCCUCUACAUUUGAAUACUCUCUGAUACAUUCUAUGAAAGGCAAGCAGUAUACUAAUUCUGUGAAGACGGGUAGUGGGCUUCCUCUGCCUCCAGUCCCUCAUGCAAAGCAUGUAACUGAUUUCAGUAGAAAGGGAAGGAAAAUUGUCAGUCAUCAAGAAGCUGUGCAUUCUCUAAGAUUGCUUCAUAACCAUUAUUUGCAGUGGCGAUUUGUGAAUGCAAAAGCUGAGGCCUCUAUCAAAUCUCAGAAAAGAGAAACUGAGAGAACAAUAUAUUCCCUUGGUGUGAAGAUAUCAGAAUUAUAUGACUCGGUGAAAAGAAAACGCAUUGAACUUGGCCUUUUGCAGAGGGUGAAAACUCUAUACACAAUUCUUGAAGCUCAGAUGCCAUAUCUGGAGGAAUGGUCUGCUCUUGAACCAGAUUAUUCAGUAUCUUUGUCAGAAGCAAUUCAAGCUUUGUUGAAUGCCUCACUUCGACUUCCAAUUAGUGGGAAUGUUAAAACUGAUAUUAGAGAAGUAGGGGAAGCAUUGAACUCUUCAAUGAAGUUGAUGGAAUUAAUAGCUUCCCAUAUUCAAAGCUUUAUGCCAAAGGCUGAACAAAUGGAAAUUCUUAUUUCAGAACUGGCCAGGGUAUCUGGAGGAGAAAGAGCACUUAUUGAAGAAUGUGGGGAUCUGUUAGCUAUGACAUAUAAAUCACAGGUAGAGGAAUGCAGCUUACGUGGCCAAAUUAUUCAGUUAAAUAGAAUUCAUGGUCAACUACAGGGAUGAGCAAUAAUUCAUUGGUUUUGAAGAUUUCCUUUCUCUUUUCUUGCUUUUUUUUUUUUUUUAAUUUUUUAAACCUCUAUCGCUGAUGUGCUUUUUCAAAAGGAGAAAAAGAAAAAGGAAAGAAAGAGCAAUGACAUGAAAAUCAAUUUGUUUCCCUUGGGCCAUAUUGGCCUUAUUGUCAUAAUCCAUAACACAGAUGUAAUUACAUAUAAAUUCACGAGAGUUCUGGAGCCUAA